GGCAUCAAUCCCCUUUAUAGCCUAUGGUUGAAACGAGUCAAAACAACACGAUUUCGAUGAAACAAAAUGGGACAGUGCUUUGAAACGAAACAAUGAAACGAAACACUGUCCCUUUGAAAUGGCGAAAAGGACAUCGAAACGAGAUGAUGGUGUUUCGCAUGGCCCUAUUAACUACUUCUAACAGUGUGAUUUGCCUCAUAGUGGCCAGGGACCUGGGAUCAGCCAGCCGUGUUGGAUAAUCUUACCCACAAAGGCCCUAAUAAGGGUGGCUUGUGAGAUGUUCCUGUGUCAAACACAAAAAGAGGUGCCCUAGCAUCCUGACUGGGCUAAGGAAUUGCUUUCAUUUGAGUUGAUGCAUCAAAGAGCCUGAAGAGGUGCUGGAUUUUUUUCUGGGCUGCUUAAGGAGCCUCACAGCUCUCCCCCCGCUUCCCACCCGCUUUCUUUCUCUUUCCGACCUCUACUGAAAAACUGUUCUGUGAUUUGGUUGUCAGUUGCCUUCGCUGUAGGAUCCCCAUCAGCUUCUCUUGCAUUGUCAAAGUGUACUAAGUAGUUCCUUUCUUACUACUCCAAUAAUUGCAAGAAUCCAUUGUCCUCCACAAAUCCUUUGCUAGCUUCCUUGCCUCUGUCCAUUUUAGUUUCCAUCUUCACCUUCAGGAAUCUAAAUAGCUCAAUUCCUGUAUUUGUUUCCAUUCUUUUGGUCUCUGGCACUGUAUUCAGUCCUCUCCAGAUUGCCCCUCCGCCUGUCCCCUGAUCCCACUCUUUCACCUUUCUUUAGUCUUCUCCCAACUCUUAAACUGCUUCUUUCUUUUCUCUCCCAAACUCACUCUUUUAUAAAGCUUUUCAAUGUUUCCUUUUCCAGAUCUACCAUUUUGUAUUUUGACUCAUUUGAAGUAAAAUCUUGUAGUCCCUGUUCAGUUAGCUCAGACCAUCAGGCAGUGGGUGGACAAAACUGCCCUGCGAAGGUCAUUCAGAGUCAGCAAACUGCAACAAAUAAAGACAGCGCUUGUAUUUGACAUGUGAAUUUGAAGGGAGUUUUGCCAGAGUAAAAGCUAAAGGUUUUGUAUUGUAAACUCAGUGAAGCAGAGACUGUCUUUGGUAGUUGUGAGACAUGGUAUACAGUAAUGCCUGUAUGACAAAUUAUAAUGUAGUAAAACAUUAGCCAGAGCCUGUUACAUUUUCUUAUAUUUGAUCUCUAUCAUCUUUGCUGAGUUCUGUACUUUGGCUCUCAGUUCCCCUUAUAUCUGAUUUGCAUGCUUGCUCUCUGUAUAGCAGAGUACAGAAAACUUAAUUUUGUAACUGUUAGAUACACAGUGUUGAAUCCAGGUUUUACAUCUUUUACAGGUCUUAUUGUUAGCUUUAAUAUUUGUCUUUGGCUUGUAAAUGUGGGAGGGGAAGAGAGAGAACAGUUUGAAUGUCUUUUAUAUGAGGGAGGGGGGAAAAGCAUGUGUAAAGUUGUGUAGGAAGCUGUUUCUUGAAACUGUUAUUGCAUGCAGCUCAGGUGACUCUUGGCUUUACUUAAAAAUCUUACAUUGUAAGACCUUGCACAUAGUGUCUGUGUCACAUGAAGCUGUUCUCCAACUCUCAGCAAAGUCUAAUGGAUGCUAAAUGUCAACAGCUUAAUAGAGUAAGGUUUAGAUUACAGAGUAGAGAAUCAAGGCUUUUUUUGUGAAAACAAGGCUAUUUUACAGAGCAUUGUAAUGCCUAGACCUUCUAAAGUACUUCAUGAAGUAUCAUAAGUUAAACUAAAUUACAGUUGUCAAAGUAACAGAACAAUAUACAUUUCAUGACACAGACACACUGUCUUUACUCUCCUUCAUUUGUCUAACUCAUGAAAGUCCAUAGUUUUCAACAGUCUGUCUAAUUAGUCUUGCUAAUGAGUGAAUGUCUACUAUAUCUCUUGUCACUCAAAAGCUUGGGCUUUACCCACAGAAUAAGUUUCAGUGUAUAAUGUAGUGGUGCUCUUGUUGGGUGCAGGCUGCCUGCUGCAGGCUUGGGCUCUCCGCGCUGCUGCUUUCCACUGGGGCAUCUGUGACCCAGCGGGUGGGACCUGGUGUGGCAGGGUAGAGUGGGGCUGGUUGGGAGAGCUCAGUGCCACUGCAAGCCCCGCACCACCAUGGCAAGGUGCCUUCUUCCUGCCCUGCAACAGUGAGAGGCACAACUCUGCACCAGGUACCCCCUAGAUGCUGUCAGACAGGCAGGGGGCACUUCACUAGGGUGACAUGGGGCUCGCAGCAGCAAGGAGCUUCCCUGCCCAGCCCCUCUCUGCUCUGCCAUGCUGGGUCCCACCCAGUGGGCUGCAGAGGCCCUGGAGAAAGGCAGCAGGGCAGGGAGCCCAAGCUUGCCUCAACCCCUCCAACGCACAGAUCUUGUCUGGCGGGGGGAAGCACAUGCCCCCCAUGCCUUCCCCUGGGAGUGUAUGUAGCAGUGGGGAGCCAGCCCCACCACCCAUCCCCCAGACAAGAUGCUCUUGUCUCUGUCCCGCUCCCCGCCGGGGCCCUGUGGCUGUGCAUGGCCUCAAAUAGCCCCAGCCGGGCAGCGGCAGCAGCCCCAGCCCUGCCCAGCUCCCUCCUUCCCUCCCUUCCUGUGGGGGCCUCCAUCCCUGUUCCCCAUGAGACUUACCUGCAGGGAGCUGCUCUCCAGGUUGCCUGGCAGCCAUGUGCAUGCCCACCUGUGCACAUGGUGCCCUGUGCACAUGGCUGCCCUCCUCCUGCUCCCAUGAGCCCCUUGCAGGCUGGAACUCUGCCAGCCUGCAGAGAGCUCUUUGCAAAAAUGGAAAAUUUGUGUGAUUCUCUGUUAAAAUGCGAAAUCCUGUGUUUUUCUCAAAAGGGAAAAUCUGUGGAUUUUUUUUCCAUUUUCCUGUGGGAAAUGGAAAACCCGGAUCCCUGCUUAACACUAAAUCUCACCUCGGCCUCCCUUUUCCAGUUUUUCCGUUGUUGCAUUCUUCAGUCUGUUCUGUAUGCAUAGAGCAUUCUCUCCGAAAUAGUCCCAAGAGGUGUUGUUCAGUUCGUUUAGUCAGUCCUCAGGACUUCUGCAAUGACAUCUUUAGUGAUUAGUGAACUAACAGUAGCUGUUGGAGAGGUGACUUUGCCAAAGUUUUUGUGGAUGGUGGAAUCAUCGGAUUGUGCACGUAGCCAUAAAUACUCCUAAAUUUGGUACCAUUGUUCUUGUCUUCCCCUUCCUAUAGUUUGUCACACUUGUAUGAGCUCAGACUUAGCUUUUUAGGGCAUUGGGCCAUGUCUUUGUAUGUGGAUAAUGCCUAGUACUGUGGGCUCCACCUUAAUAGUAUUACUAAUUGAACAGAUGUAGCCAUUACCUGGAGCUAGCAAGUGUGCUCUGUCUUGUGUUUGUGCCUUUCUGUUGCCCGUUCCACACACACAUCCACUUCCAUGGUUAGCUUAUUAUACAGCUUUAGAGACAGCUUCAGGUAAGGAAUGACCCCAAGGGUUUUGUUUCUCUGACCAGAGCUGCAAAGGACUUGGCCCAGCAGAGAAAAAGGGUGACUCCCACUUCUAAGAAUAACAGACAAAGCUUCUUGGGAGCUCACUGUCUCUUUAAGGCACAGUGUACACUUAAAACAUUGUCUUGGCAUAUCUGAGCUGGUUGUUGUCACAAGGUGUCUUUACUGGAAUAAUUAUGCUGCUGCUGGUGUGACUGUAUGUGGUAUUGCAUAUAGCUUAUACCAGAAUAAAGACCAGGCCAUAUAGCUUAUACCAGAAUAAAGAUGUUGGUACUUGGUACCAACAUCUAUACCAGAUGAUGUUGCUGGUUAGCUUGUACCAGCAAAACGCCCCCGGUGCUGGCAAAGUAAGUUUCCUGAGAAACUUGUGAAGACUUGAGACAUAGCCCUCCACCACAAAUUCGUUAGAAGCUAUCCCAGGUCAACCCAAGGAAGAUAACUGAUGGUUAAGUGGGGGUGGAAUUGGGAAAUGGGCAGAGAUUUGCAAAGACUCAGAGUGAAGCCUACCUCAAUGAAGCUGAGCUCCUGAGGACUUCUUUUGGUUUGCAGAGAGUUGAUCAGAAAAGGGGUAAAUCCCUCCAUGGCUUGGCGAGUUCACUUAUAGCCUUUCAUUUUUCAGAGGUACUGGGCACGUCUACAUAUGCGAUGGAUUGCGCAGUUGUUACUGUGCCGUCAUUUAGUAUUUGCUUAAGCAAAUACUAAAUGACGGCACAGUAACCGCUGUUGUUGCACAGUCCUGGCACCGCACAGGUCAUUUCUGGCACUACUGUGCAGUAGCUUGUUGCUACUGUGCAGUAGCGUCAGUGUCACGAUUUGUGCCCACCUGCCAACGCUACACCACCGUAGCUCGUCACUACAGCGACAUAGCAUCUCACAUAGAUGUGCCCACUGAGACUUAAGUCCAGUGGGAGCUGUAGUUGCUCACUAGCUUUGAAAUCAGACCACCAAUCUCUCUGAUUUAGUUACCCCCUUCUAUAAAAUGUGAAGAACGUGUGGCUACUUCAUGGAAGAGUUGAGAAUUGAUCUUGUAGUAUUGCAUGCUGGAAAAGCUCAAGUACUGGAAAACUUGUCGCUUUUACAAGCUAUGUCUAAUAAUGUCAAUUCAAUGUAAUUAUUUUCAGGAUGAUGCUGUUAGUAUAGAAAGCGGUACUAACACUGAGCGCCCCGACACCCCUACAAACACCCCCAAUGCACCAGGGAGGAAAAGCUGGGGAAAAGGCAAAUGGAAAUCGAAGAAGUGCAAAUACUCCUUCAAAUGUGUAAAUAGUCUCAAGGAGGACCAUGGCCAGCCUUUGUUUGGAGUCCAGUUUAACUGGCACAGUAAGGAAGGUGAUCCGUUAGUUUUUGCCACUGUAGGCAGCAACAGAGUUACGUUAUAUGAAUGUCAUUCCCAAGGAGAAAUCCGUUUAUUGCAGUCUUAUGUGGAUGCUGAUGCAGAUGAAAACUUUUAUACUUGUGCAUGGACCUACGAUAGCAAUACAAGUCAUCCUCUUCUGGCUGUGGCUGGGUCCAGGGGGAGAAUUAGGAUAAUUAAUCCCAUUACAAUGCAGUGUUCCAGGGGUAUUAUUAGGAUAAUUAAUCCCAUUACAAUGCAGUGUAUAAAGCACUAUGUGGGCCAUGGAAAUGCAAUCAAUGAACUAAAAUUUCAUCCAAGGGAUCCAAAUCUCCUCCUUUCUGUAAGCAAAGAUCAUGCACUGAGACUGUGGAACAUUCAGACAGAUACACUGGUUGCAAUAUUUGGCGGAGUAGAAGGGCACAGGGAUGAGGUUUUAAGUGCAGAUUAUGAUCUUCUUGGGGAAAAAAUAAUGUCUUGUGGGAUGGAUCACUCCCUGAAACUCUGGAGAAUCAAUUCAAAGAGAAUGAUAAAUGCUAUCAAGGAAUCUUAUGAGUACAACCCAAAUAAAACCAACAGGCCCUUUAUUUCUCAGAAAAUUCACUUUCCUGACUUUUCUACCAGAGACAUACAUAGAAACUACGUUGACUGUGUACGAUGGUUAGGAGAUCUAAUACUUUCCAAGUCUUGUGAAAAUGCCAUUGUGUGCUGGAAACCUGGCAAAAUGGAGGAUGAUAUAGAUAAAAUCAAGCCUAGUGAGUCAAAUGUGACCAUACUAGGGCGAUUUGAUUACAGUCAGUGUGAUAUCUGGUAUAUGAGGUUUUCAAUGGAUUUCUGGCAAAAGAUGCUUGCUUUGGGCAAUCAGGUUGGCAAACUUUAUGUUUGGGAUUUAGAAAUAGAAGAUCCUCAUAAAGCCAAGUGUACAACACUUACUCAUCCCAAAUGUGUUGCUGCCAUUCGACAAACCAGUUUUAGCAGGGAUAGCAGUAUCCUUAUAGCUGUGUGUGAUGAUGCCAGUAUCUGGCGCUGGGACAGACUACGAUAAGUCAGUUUUUCCUAAAAUUUAGAAAAUAUAUUGUCAGGUUACAAUAUAAUCUGUUAACUUGCUAGAUCUGUAGUUGCAUUUAAAAUAGUCUUUCUCCCUCCCAUGUUCAGUUGGGUGGAGCUGAACUUAGAGAUGUUUACAUUCUUUGUACUGUGUUCUGCUCAGAGUCUGUUGCUUUUAAUAAAAAACAAAUAUUUUUGUAAAGCUUUCUGU